AUGGACAACGAGGCUCAGCACGCCGCCGGGACUUGCAAGCCGUGCCUCUUCCUCAGGACGGAGGCGGGCUGCGCGCUUGGCCGCGCGUGUAGAUUCUGCCAUCUGCCGCACGCGGCCGAGCGCAGGGCGCGGCCGAGCACCGCCAGAAGGACGCCUUGCAAGCAGCUGGUCGCGAGCCUGGACACCAAGUGCGGGGGCGACGCGGAUGCCGUGCGGAACUUGGCCGACGACUGCCACCCGGCACAGCGACACAUGCUCAGCGCUUCCCGCGAGAGGGACCAGCAGCAGUGCCCGCCGGGGGCGGAGCCGGGCGGACUGGCGCAGGCCGCCGCGGGCGAGCAGCCGAAGGAGCUCCCGAGCUGCGGCUAG